AUGGCAUUGCUAUUCGAGUCAUUUACCUCAGCUGAGUCACUGGAGGUCUGCCGAUUGUUGGGCUUGAAUCCCGAGGGGGACAUUAUAACACCACCACUAGCACCACCACCACCGGUCAAUAUCACUCACGUCGCCCGGAAAUCCUUGCCGGAAAAGUCCUCGGCGGCGACACCUAACAGGGUGGUGGCGGAGAGGAAGAGGAGAGAACAGCUUAGCCAACGAUUCAUUUCUCUAGCUUCCCUUAUUCCUGGCCUAAAGAAGAUGGACAAAGGUUCAAUCUUGGAAGAUGCUAUGAAGUAUACGAAAGAAUUAAAUGAAAAAAUAAAAUCAUUGGAAUGUUGUUUAAAGAAAGAACAAGAAGAAGAGAUGAGUGAUGAAAACGGAUUGCUAGUAGUAUUGCAUGAUCAUCAGUCUAACAUGGAGAUGAGGUUUAAAGAAUCAAAUAAAAAGAUAUUAAUAAGAAUUUACUGUCAAAAUGGAAAAGAAGUCGACGACAUUGCUUCUAAGAUGCUGAGUUAUCUCAAAACGAUUCAACUCACCAUUCUCAAAACUUGCUUCUUGCCCUUUGGACAACAUGCUUUCGAUAUCACCAUUCUAGCCCAAAAGAUGGAAAAUUCUAAUCAUGAUAUAUCUAUGCAAGAGCUUGAACAAAAAUUGGGUGAAAUUAUUCAGGCUUGACCCAAAUAAUUGGAAUUGGGUAAAUAAAUAAAUAAAUAAAGGACGUCAGAUACUUUUUUAUUUUACAGGUCCGAAAUCAUCAGUCCUGGUAACGUACUACUAUUAAAGAAUAAGUAGUCGGUUGUUACAUGCUCCUAUACUAUUGUUGUUUAUUAUUAGAUAUGUUCUUUCUCAUUAAUUUGUACCAUUUAUAAUGUUUCGUAUCAAAUCUAUUU